CUGUACAUGCUGGCCUAUUUGCUACAGAUGGCACUCAGAGAACAAGUUACAGACGACUUGAUAAGUUACAUUCUUAUCAUUCUGUAACAUGUCAGGGAGUCAAGCCAGAAAGACCGCUCUCUGCAUGAGGAAGAAACAGCGGCUCCCAGUACCACUUCCACCCCCACUACCACCACCACUACUACCACUAGCACCACGAGUCCCACUAGUCAGAGUUUGCUGCUGGAGGGUACGUCCAGCUCUUCCCAAAAUGAACCUAGUGAAGGAAACUCAGAGCAGACAUCAGAGAAUGCACCAUUAAUGUCAAAGGAGGCGCUGCUCAACCAGCUCACGCGUGGAACUCAGGAAGGUGGUGUGCCCCAAAUCCCAGGAGAUAACGCAGAGGCACCCCAAAUCCCAGGAGAUGACACAGAGGCCUCCCAUGAGACACACUGGGAGCAUCAUGAAGUGAAGACCACUGCUCGCCACAAGCUGAACAUCUUGCCCACUGAUGAUGACUACUUGCUUCAAGGGGACCUUUUUGAAGCUGAGCUGAACAAGCGGCUAUCGCCCCUUAUCCCAAACACACCAGUGAGGAACCUCAUAUCCCACACACUCCAUAUCCUCAAAAUGGACUGUACAGUGUCCAGGGUCCAGUUGGCCUGUGCUACGCUAAUCUCCAGAACAGGUCUCCUCAUGAAACUAUUCAGUGAGAGAGAAAACUUCAUGGAUAACUCCGCCUUGUGGAAGUCAUACUUCUUGUCUAUGAAGUAUGUCUCCAACUUGGCCACAGGAAGUCCAAGAAAACUGGGGAAAUCUGAAAUUGGAAGCCAGGGAAUCCCAGAAUAUGGCUAUGGCAAAAAGCUGUUGUUUGCUAUUUCAGUGACUGCAGUGAUAAUAAUCAUCAUUUCAGUAAUUGGGCUGAUUGAGUCUUCCAGUGCAGGUUCUUCAAUGCUCGAUAAGCCUCUUUGGCUCAAGUAUAUGUACCAGCUUCUGGAUGAAGUACGGAAAAAGAGCAUGGUGGACAAAAUGCACGAUGAAGAAUCCUCUGAAGAUGAAGAUAUAUUCAGCUGGGCAAGAGUUCCCGGAGCUCCACCAGGUCCACCAAGCCCAUCACCGGUAGAACAACCGCCUUCAAGAAGGCCCAGCUCAAGAAAAAUGUCACAAAUGACUGCACCGUCCCCUGCUAGAAAGCCCAGUUCCAAGACACUGUCUGCACAUCCGUCCCACUUUGCACCUCAAUCCGCACCUCCAUCUGUACCUCCAUCAAUGCCCAUGUAUAUGUCUCCGUCCGUACCUCCAUCCUUACCUCCAUCCGUACCUCCAUCCGUACCUCCAUACAUAACUCCGUACGCCCCUCCAUCUGCAACUCCAUCUGUACAUCCAUACGUACCCCCAUCAGUAUCUCCAUCCAUCCAUCAGUCCGUACCUCCAUCUGUACUUCAGUCUGUACCUCCAUCCGAAUAUCAGUCCGUACCUCCGUCUGCACCUCACUCCGCACGUCCGUCUGUACAUCAGUCCGCACCUCCGUCCGCACCUCCCUCUGCACCUCACUCCGCACCUCACUCCGCACGUCCGUCUAUACCUGCACCUGUGGAAGGAGCUCUGCACACACCAUCACCAAAAUCAUCAUUGAUAAAGCCCCCCAGUGAAGCUUCAAAACGAGGAUCGACGGCAGAAGGUGGCGCUAGCACAGAGUCAAAGAAAGCAAGUUCGGGUGCAGGAAGCCAAGCUGGAGGAAGCCAAGCUGGAGGAAGCCAAGCUGGAGGAAGUGAAGGUAGAGGAAGCGCAACGGAAGAAGAUUGACCUUUGUUCGCUUGUAAAUAAUGUUAUAUUAUCUGUAGAGCUCUGUACAAAGUUCUGUUAUUAUUACUAUUAUAAUACUAUUAUUAUUAUUAAAUACAUAACUCCAAAAGACA